ACGAUUGGGCGGAUAGCGAGGUGAGGGAGGGGACCUUUUAGACAUUCAGGCUUGAGUGAGGACAGCCUGCCUGUUCCGGGGAGGAGGAGAGGAGUGUCUGCUCACUGACACUGUGGACACAGUUAACCCGGAGAGCGGUGAAGGCCUAAACGCGUGAGUGUGUGUUUGUGACUGCGAGAGAGAGAGAGACGAUGGUGGAGGUGGUAUUCCUCCACCCGGACCUGGGGAUCGGCGGCGCCGAGCGGCUGGUGGUGGACGCGGCGCUGGCCCUGCGCAGGCGCGGUUGCGGUGUACAAAUCUGGACGGCUCACUUUGAUCAUGCGCACUGCUUCUCGGAGUGCCGGCGGCCGGCGCUACCUGUUCACUGUGUUGGGGACUGGUUGCCCCGGACACUGCUAGGCCGCUGCUCGGCCCUGUGCGCCUACCUGCGGAUGCUGUACGUGGCCUGGUACCUGGUCUUCCUCAGCGGCGUUGAGUUCGACGUGGUUUUCUGCGACCAGGUGUCGGCCUGUAUCCCCGUGCUCAGGUUGUGCCGGCGAGCCAAGCGGGUCCUCUUCUACUGCCACUUCCCGGACCGGCUGCUGCAGAGCGGCAAGCCUGGCCCCCUGCAGCGGCUCUACCGCCUCCCCAUUGACUGGCUGGAGGAGUACACGACAGGCCUGGCCGACCUGGUGCUGGUCAACAGCAAGUUCACAGCCGGAGUCUUCAGGCGCACCUUCCGCUCCCUGUCCCACCUGGAGCCCGAUGUCCUGUACCCGUCGCUCAGCUUCGCCGAGCCGGCGGGCGGCCAGGACCAGGACCAGGAGCUGCUGCCGCUGUCCCCGCCGCCGAUCGGGCCCGGCCGGGAUUUCGUCUUCCUUUCCAUCAACCGCUUCGAGAGGAAGAAGAACCUGGGCCUGGCCCUGCGGGCCGUGCACUGCCUCCGGGACCUGUUGGGCCAGGAGGACUGGCAGCGGGUUCACCUGGUGCUGGCCGGGGGCUACGACCCGAGGGUGCUGGAGAACGUCGAGCAUUACCGGGAGUUACAGGAGAUGGCGAGCCAGCUGCAGCUGGCCGAUAAGGUGACUUUCCUCCGCUCGUUCUCCGACCAGCAGAAGGUCUCUCUCCUCCGCCGCUGUCGCUGUGUCUUGUACACUCCCAGCAACGAACAUUUCGGCAUCGUGCCCCUGGAGGCCAUGUACAGUCGGCGGCCGGUCAUCGCCGUGAACUCGGGCGGACCCCUGGAGUCGGUGGUCGACCAAGUCACCGGCUUUCUACGGCAGCCGUCGCCCAGCUCCUUCGCUGAAGCCAUGGAAAAGCUCGUCAGGAGUCCCGAUUUAGGAACAAAAAUGGGAGAGGCUGGAAGAAGUCGAGUCCUUCAAACAUUUUCUGUGGAUGCCUUUACAGAGCAAUUGUAUCAGUGUAUCUGCAAGCUCACACGAUGAAUGUAGAAUAACAGCUGCGAUGUUAAAAAUGAAGAUUAAUUUUGCACUUCACAAAAUGAAAUUUGACGCUCCCUACUUAAGGGAAUGCAUAGUUAUUUUGUUUUGCGAAUAUGGAUUGGGGUAUAUGUCUCUUAGGGUAUACGCACUGUGUGGAGAGAAGUUUGGGACCCAGAAUAACGUUGAGCGUUGAAAUGUAUUAAUCAGUUGUUUAGGAAGACGUGAGAAAAAGGAUAGCUCCACCUCGAGUUGGGAAUAAUGAAUCGGGCUGUCACACAGAGCAGUGGUCGUCUGCUGGUUAGAUUGUGUAAUAGUGACAUACACGAAAAAUUAUCCAGCAGCAAUUCUUAAAAAUUCUUAAUUAAAAAUUCUUAUUAUUUCAAUGCAAAUUGCAAACAAAAAAUUUUGUCCUGAAAAUUCCAGUUUGAGAAUCUAAUGGUUCCAGCGAGAUGCCAGAUUGGCUUUAAAUAGAAACUCCAAUGUCUUUUAGAAAUAAUUUUGAAGAAACCGAGAUUUGCAAGAGUGAGGGCUAAAUAAAUUGGAACUACAACAGUUAGAUGUCAUGAGGUGGAAGGAGAAUCAGUUGGUCCGCAAACAGUGAAUUUGGUCAGUCAACUACAUAGCCUGUUUCUAUUGUUUUAACCAUUGACAAGGAAAUUCCCUGGUGGAGUGCUGAACCAAAAACAAGUCAAACAGUUUUUGGAAACCUAUCAAAAUUAAGUUAAAACCUGAUUUCUGGAGGGGUAAUGACACGCUCCACCUUUUCCAGAGGUUUCCAGAUAGGUUGUUCCUAUGUUGUGCAACAUAGGAAGUUGACCAGCUUUGAAUAUUGUAUAAUAUUCAUGUGAGGUUUCUUGGUUUCUAAUCCAUUUGGAAACAGAUCCUUCAACCAAAAGUUUGGGUAUCACUGCUUAAUACAUAGUGCUACACUUUCUCUGGUACGAUAUGCUUCAAAUGUGUGAUCUACUUAUGUUUGAUCUGUGACUAAUGUCAGAACACUGCAAACAUAUAGAUUGUGAUCACAUGCAUUAAACAACAAAGUGGCUCAGUGGUUAGCACUGCUUCUUCACAGCACCAGUGACCCAGGUUUGAUUUCAGCCUUGAGUGUCUGUCUGUGUGGAGUUUGAAGAUUCUCCCCAUAUCUGUGUGGGUUUCUGCCAGGUGGUCUGGUUUCCUUCUACAUUCCAAAGAUGUGGAUUGACUGUGCUACAUUGACCUUAGCAUCCGUGGAUGUGCAGGCUAGGUGGAUUAGCCAUGAUAAAUGCAGAGUUUUGGGGAUAGGUUAGAGGCUAGGUUGAGGUGUGAUGCUCUUCAGUGGGUUGGUACAGUUGCCCUCUUUCUGCACUGUAGGGAUUCUAUGAUAAUGUUAACAAGUCAUGCUUUUUGUAUAUGUAGAGCCAUUUCAACUUUGCAUUUUGUAUGUGAAAUUAUUUAAAGCAAUUAGGCAAGAAAUGAGUCUUUCUGCUGGAGAUAAUUUCUUAUUACUUUAGUUGUAAUAUGGCCACAAUGCAAUUGCAACUGCUGUAAAAUUUCACAAGGUCCAAGGUAGCAAUUUUUAAAACAUUUUGAAUUCAUUUCAUGUAAGCAGGGUCAAAAGAUCAAUUUAACUGUUCUAGUAAAACUUAACAGACUUUCCCAGAACAAAUGAGGAAUGUGCUACUGAAAAUGUAACUGUCCAUCUAUUUUGUUCUAAACAUACCAAUAUCUAAAAUGAUGUUAAAUGGGCCUACAAAAAUACAUCAGUGCAAGAAAUAUUACUGAAUAUUUUUCUAUUGAUAUUUUAUAGAGAAUAAGUCAAUCUUGGAGUGUUGGAAAAUUUGUACAAAUAAAGAGGCAAUGUUAUAGAACAAAUCAACUUUUAUUUAACUUCCAUUUUCAUUUUCUGAUGAAGUGUCUGUCCUGUAUUUCUAAAUUCUUCCAUGGCUUAAUGUUUAGUUGCAUGUUUGUAUCAAUUUAGUCCUUACAAAGUAAUCUGAAUCGCAAGGUUCUGGGUCUAAGUUGCUCAUUGGGGCUUGAGCAGAAAAGUCUAGGUUGACAAUCCAGUAGUACGGAGCGAGUUCUGUACCCUGAGGUCCUGUCUUUCGGAUGAGACAUCAAACCAAAUCUGCCUGCUCAGAUUCUGCAGUAUUAUAUGGGUAAAGAGCAGACAAUGGAGUAUUUUCUGAAGUAUAGUCACUGUUGUAAUGUAGAAAUUACAGCAGCUAAUUUGAGCUCAGGAAACUCAAACGGUAAUGUAAUAAUGACUAGAUAAUCUGUUUGUUCUGAUAUUCGUUGUGGAAUAGAUAUUGGUCAGAAUACUGGGAUUAACUCCCGAGAUCACUGAAAUCAAACCAUGAGAUCUUUGGCAUCAACACUUGUCGGCAGAUGGGGCUUUAGGGUUUAAUAUCUCGUUUGAAAAUGACAGCAUUUCUGAUGGGGCAGUGCUCCUUCGGUAUACUUGACACCAAGGUUUUUGUGUUCAAGAGCUGAAAUGGGACUUAAACCUGAACCCUUCUGCUUCUGAGGCAGUGAACUACUAACUGAGUACCAGCUGAUACAUCAAGAAAGCUCGGUACUUGUUGCAAUUAUACUACAGCUGGUGAAAUGCUGAUUUGGCAUGAUCCUCCUUCCCUCAAGUAUCAUUUUGUUUUGCAGUCAUCCGAGCUAAAGCCACUUUGAAUUAAUAGAGACUGAAGGGUCUGUUUCCAUGCUAUACAUCUGACUCUAAAUGUUGUUGUACAAUUAGCCUAUUGCCAAAUAACUGUCAAACAGUGGAGGCAGAAGAAAGAGAACAGAAAAUUCCCGAAGUAUAGAGCAUUGAGGGAAUACUUUACUGAAGGUGAAUGGAAAUGUCAGCUAAAUAUUUUCAAAUUAGAAUUAACUUCUCUUUUCACAAUCCAGUAAACAUUAUGCAAUUUCGUGUAAAUUUCAGUAGGAGAGAGGAAGUCAGGAAACUGAGCAGACUUAGGAUCUGUUGGGAUUUAUAAACAAUUUCAAUUGCAACUUGCAUUUAUUAGUGUAAUAAACAGCAAUAUGUCCCAAGGUGCUCCAUAGGUGCAUUUUGUGAAAUUUGAUAUUAAACCACACAGUGGCAUGAAAUGAUCAAAAGCUUUACUCACUGGCCGGUUUUAAGGACUGUCUCAAAGAGACACAGAUGCAAAAUAAUUUAGAGCAUUCUAAAGAUGCAAAAGUUCAAGACACUGAAGGCACAACUGACUAUACUGUACGAUUAAAAGUGAUGACAGAAUUCUGACAGUGGAGACGGUCAUCAAUUGGCCCAUCGUGUCUGCACCAGCUCAGCAUAAAAUUGAGAUGCUUGAGUUUCGGUUGGAGAAGGAUUGUCGGAAUGGUGGAAGUCAGGGGGCAAGGCAAUCCCGAGAUUUAAAGAUAAAUAUUAAAUUUUAGAUGUUGCUAUACUGAAGGUUAUGUAGGUCAGCAAGCAUAAUGAUGAUGAGCGAAUUGGACUUGGUGUGAUUUCAGUACAAGCAUCAGAGUUUUUAAAAUGAGCUCCCUUUUAUGGAGGAUUGAAGGUGAGAAGCCAGUAUGAAUAGUAUUGGAAUAAUUGGGUCUAUAGGUUAAAAAAGGUAUAAAUGAGAGCUUCAGCAGCAGAUAAGCUGGGCCAAAAGUAGACAAUGUUAUGAAGGUGGAGAUAGACCAACAUGGUGAUAAGAUUGCUGAAAGUUUGGAGCUCCUCCCUGAGCCAAUUAUAAGAAUCAAGGGUGGGGAUGAUCUAAGAGAAAUAAAAAUUCUGCGAGAAAUAAAAAUUCUGCAAGAAAUCUGAAAAUAAAACGGUAGUGCUGGAAAUACUCAGCACGUCUUGCAACAAAAUGUUAAUUCUGUUUUCCUCUCAAUCUGUGAAGUUCAGUCAACAAACAGGGGGAGUGAUUAUAUCAGUGACUAGACAACGGGCCAUCGACAAUAACUACCUAAUACUUAGUGCAGCAGCAGUAGAUUGAAGUAUACUAUCUGGUCACAUAUCCGAGUGCCUUGAAGGUUUAGGAAACUUGUCUAGUUGAACUAGUGUGUUGUGAACAGACAUAGAUUCCAUUCUGAUUUAAAGUGAAUAUCACAAUAUUGCAAUCAUUUGCCAGUUUAAUGAGUGUUUAAUUGUAUGUACUGUAACUGGAAAAGAAACAGACCAGUUUCAUUAAGUUUUAAAAUGGAGAAUUAUAUGUAUUUAUACUUCACUUUAAAAAUAAAAAAGUGCUCCAACUUACAUGAGCAUACGCGCUCUGGUUCAUAUACAAAAUUAGGUUACAAAGUGGGAUAAAAUAUUAUUAAUAAUUUUAAAAGUCCAGUGAAGAUUAAAGUAAUAUGAGUUCUUCGAGUUUGAUGUUUUGGGGCGAAUCCAAGUUGGGAGUGGUGGAUCUUCUACUUUUGCCUUUUGAGGCAGUGUAGAGGUGUCUGUUCUUCUGGGACAAUGCAGUUGCUGUGUUAAAGUAAAAACAGAAAUGCUGGGGAAACUCAGCAGAUGAGGCAGCUUCUGUGGAGAGAUAAAAUGAAUAAAGAGAGUCUGGUAUGACUCUUUAGAGUUGUCUUCCUUUGGAUUUUUUCUGCCUAGUAAGUAUACAGAAUCAUUCUUCGAAAGCAUAGCUUCAAAACAGUAGUCACCAAAACAAAUGCAAGCAUUUAAAGUCAUUGGAAAAAUGAACUGAUAUUGAUGGGAGUUCAAUGAGUCAAAUUACCUCCAAUGCAUUUUCAACAGAUUGAGUAGCCUCCAACUGGCCCUCUGAGCGCUGGAGUACAAUUUGAGCCAAUCUAGUCUCUAAGGAGACCAAAACUCUACACUGUACUCUAGGUGCAGUCUCAACAAUGUCCUAUACAAUUGGAGCAAGAUGCCCUUACUUUUACAUUCUUUUACUCCCAUCUCCAUUCAUGCCCUCUUUAAGCUUAUCUUGCCCAUGAAAUGUAUCUCUUUGUCUCUUGGCCCUAUUAACAAUCCAACUUCCUUUCCUGGCUCUGUGUCAGUGGAUAGGGCUUUCUACUCCUGCUCUGAUCCCCUCUCCUUGGAGAGUCAACCCUUGACCCCUCCAUCCUUGUAAACUGACCUCCAUCUCCAAUUUCCCAUUCCUAUCAAAGUACCUUGAGCAUGUUGUUGGCCUUUACCUUGAUGCUCAUCUUCCUCCAUGUUUGAAUCUCUACAAUCAGGUUCCCAGUUCUCAUCCUAAAACAAUUUUUUAAAAAGAGGUCACAAUGGGAUCCUGUAUCACUGUGACAAUGGUGAAUUACUCGUCUUUAUACUUCUCGACCUAUGUGUGACCUUUGACACAGUUGAUCACUGUCUCUGACAAUGACUGAAUAUCUAUGGCCAUCCUUCUCCAAUACAAAUUCACUGUAAUUCUGCUGAGUGGGACUAGUUCCUGUCUUAUUUAAUUCUCACUGGACACUCUUAAUGGCUUCUGUUGCAGCAUUACUUGUGGUGUCCUCCAAGGAUCCAUUGUUGGUUCACAUUUAUUUCUCAACUCUUGCUGCCCUCUGUAACAUCAUUUGAAACACAUUAUAUUUCAAAGUAUAUUGACAGCACUCAGUUUUGCCUCACAAUCACCUCUCUUGAUUCGGCCCAUUAGUGCUUUCUGUGGCUACGUAGUAUGCAAUGUUUAUCUAUCUUGCCCCGCCCUUACACAUCCACAUACGCCUCUGAAACCAUUCUCUGAUAUUGUCAUCCAGCUAUGUCAGGUCAACUUCUCUUUUCACUGCCCUCCAGUUUGAUCUCCAGAAUAGAUCUCUGUAGUUUUUCAGCUCUUAUGAUCAACUUAGAAGUAACUUCUCAUUUUUCUGUACUUCCAAAGUUUUUUUUAAACUAUUUGUCCAGGUUUUUGAGUCAUCAGGGAGAUUGAUAGAAUGUAGCAUUGUAUAAAUUGCUUGCUGUUAACAUAUCCUGCAUCUUCGCAAAAUUUCUCUGGCUAUCUCUAUCAUCAUAGCCUAUACCAACUGGCAAAUAUUAGGCUAGAAAAGGGAUAACCAGAUGUCUUUCAAGUGAAAGGAGGAGUAUGUCAACUACUGUCACCAAAGUUAUUUAAUUUGUACAAUGGAACAUAUUCAGAAUUAGAUGUGCUUCUAUAGGUAAAAUUGGAGGCAAGAAAAGACUGUUCAUUUGACAUCUAGUUCUGGGUGAGCAAACAUUUCCCCAAAUUUGUAUUGGGAAGAUUGGAGUCAUGUCUUUGGUUCACAAUACAAACACAGUACAGACCCAGCUACCAUUUCCAUCCUUUUCUCUUGCAUUUAUCUAAAGGUGGCCAGAAUGUUUGACCCCAGUACAAGCUUCCAAACAGAUAUCCAUGUGAUCACUAAGACCUCAUAUUUCCAUCAAUGUAACAAUACCCCCAUUUCAGCCCCUGCCUCAUUUUGUCUGCUGCUGAAAUCCUCGCUCAUGCUUUUGUUACCUCCAGACUUGACAUCCCUCAUUCUUUCUUCUUUAAAUUUCCGAAUCUUGUCCAUGUCCUAACUUGCACUAGAUCCUAUUUACCCAUCACCACUCACUGACCUAUGUUAGCUCCACUUAAGCAGUGCACUGGUCUUUGUAUUCCUUUCUAUUUUCUUCUAAUUUCCCAGGCUAUGAUCUCUCCCUCUGUAAUCUCCGAUCCCACGUCCCUUCCAUUCCUUCAUUCGUAUAAGACUGGCAUCUUGAAUAUCACUGAUUUUAACAUAUUAUUGAUAGUUGUGCUAUCAGCUGCCUGAGACCCAAACUCUGGAAUUCACUUCCUAAACCCUGAACCUCGCUUUCUUUCUUUAAUAUAUUCCAAAAUACCUAAGCUUUUGAUUAUCUGUCUUACUAUCAUUUUUUGUUACUUAGUAUCAUUUUGUUUUAUAAUGCCUCUGAGAAGAAUCUUAGGUCAGUUUAUUAUGUUAUAUUUGCUGUAAAAAAUAUAGGUCUGUGGGAUUGAUUUUAAAAUAACUUGAGUUUAAACUGAAAUGUUAAAUUUAUCAUGAUGCAAACAUGCAGGGACUAUCUCUUUUAAAUCAGUAUACAUGGUGCAUUUCAUCUAGUGAAUUACAUUAGGAUUAGAAAUUGUAUGACAGGGACCAGGGCAAGAAUUAUUUUGCUUUGUUUAAUUUAUGUAAAUGAGCCCUGUCUUAUUCCAUGGGUGACAUGCUUUCUGAAUACAACCAGGUGCCUUUGUUUUUAAUUCAUGUAGAUAAGUCAGAAUGUAUUCAGCAGGCAGUGUGUUUUUUUUUCUUGGCAAAUGAAAUAUGAGAUGAGAUUCUUCAUUCGUUCGCAGCUUGUCUGCUAACUGGAAAAGUUGUGUUUCACAGCCUCUGGAGAUGACUUUCAUUUAAUGUUCUAUUAAAAAUAUUAAUAGAAAAAGUAGAUUUGAGAGUUUUAGGAUUUUUUUGUUGUGUACUAUAUAACAGGAAAUGUUGCAACAUGCAAAUAAGGUAAUUCUUGGCAUAUGUACACUUUUAUUAAAUGUAUUGGCUGCCAGGAUGUAUGAAUACUAGAUAAAUAACUGCCACAUUCGUACCAAUUUCCAUUUGUCU